AUUUUGCAUUGUGCCUUUCAGCGCAACGGACGUGCGGUGUCGAGACAACACUAAUAAAGUAACUUAAAACAAAUAUCUAAAUAAUAGUAAACACAAACUUUACUGCAAUUUCAUUAAAAGUAAAUGCUGAUGACUUUGAUUUAAGAGAAUGUGCAGUUAUAAAAGCAAAACAUAUUUUGCCUAGUUGUUUUUUUUUUUUUUUUUCCGUUUUGUUUGCUUCGGCUUUCGCUGUCUUUGGCACAUUUUGGCGGCGCGCUCGUGUGCGCUGUGUUUAUUAAUUGCUCGAUACAACUUUCAAGAAGAAGAACAACAAACAAAAAGUGCGUAAUAAAGGUUUGCAAGUGCCGCCCCCCUUCCAACACAUCAGCAAAAAGGAAGUAAAGAGCAGGAGAUUAAGCGUAAGAGAGCAAGCGACGGCAGCGUUGCAGCGGGAGAGCCGGACAGCGAAGCUGGCACUGACAAUAACAACAACAAAAUCAUGUCAACAGAUAAUCCCACACAGCUGCUAACAACGCACGAUUUGAGUCAAUUGCGGGGACAACUGCAAACGGCGGCGGCCACAACAAGCGCCGUGGUGGCAGCAGCGGCAGCUGCCGCUCACGGUUAUCGCAGCGUAGCUGGAACAACGGCCGCCGCAUCGCCAGCGAACGGACACGGACACGGACACGGUCACGCGCACGGACACGGAAACGGCCACAUGAAUUCUGGCUCAAAGUACGUAUUCCUGCAGCAUAACGGCGGCAGCUUUACGGCGUACGAGAGCAGCGCAGCCGCAGCGGCAGCACAAGCUGGCAAUGCCACUGGCAGCGGCGGCGCUGCUCCUGCUGCAGGUGGCAACAUUGUGCUGCUUGCCACAGAGCCGGUGGAGUUGAGCGCAGCGGAUGCCUUGGCCACGGCAGCUGCAGCCGCUGAUGAUGGGGAGCUGCGUCCCUUGUCCUGGCUCAAUGAUACCAAUCUGAUCAAAGGUAUUGUUACCACAACAACAACAACAACAGCAGCAGCAGCAGCAGUCGCUGCCGCUGCCGCAGCGCACGCGAAACGCGGUGGCGCCGCAGUUUCGCUAAAAACAUCACCAACAACAACAACAGCAUCAACAACAACAGCAGCAGCAGCAGCAGCAGCAGCAGCAGCAGCGCCCAACAACAUUUGCCUAGUGAGCGACAUUAUUGAAGAGCUGCCCCAUGGCGAUGCCCACGAGCAGCAGCAGUCACCCGCCGUAUACAGCACCACAACGGUGCACAAGGGACCCAGCGGCACCACCACCGUUGUGGAGUACAAGGCAGCCAGCAAACCGAAUGCCGUCGGUGGUGCUGUUGCCGGCGGCGUUGCCUUUUUGCCGCGUGUGGCAAGCAGCUCGUUCAUGCCCACAACAACAGCAACUGCCAAGCAACAGCAGCAGCAGAUAUUUGUGAACAGCAAUGGAACGAGUGCAACGGCUGCUGUCGCCAGCUACAAAUCAACUGGGAACACUACAACGCAUCAUCCGCAUAAAAAGUAUCUGCGCGAGAAGAUGAAUGUGCAUGUGGAGCACAACAACAACACCACAACCACCACCAAUAACAACACCAACAACAACAGCAACAGUCAUGUGGUGGCUUCGACGGUAACUGUGGUCAGUUCGCCCGCCUCCUCAAACAACUCAACAGUCAGCUCGUGCUCCGCAUCUGGCUCAUCCACGGCGGCCGUCAAUGGUGGCAGCAGUCCGGUGCCAAAGUCCAGCAGCUUUAAUGCGGUCUUCGAUGCCGUCAACUACUCAACGCCCAGCAGUAGCAGCAGCACCACCACCACCACCGUCAACACCGUCAACACCAGCGAACAUCACACAACGUCACCAACUGUGGUUGGCACCACAACGUUGCCGCCGGGCUACAGUUUCGUUAGCGCACCGCAUGUCAUCUCACAACAGCCCGCCAAUAUAUCCUCACCGGAGACGCCGCCAGGUGCGGCGCUAUUGCCGCCUGGCACAUACUACAGUGCGGUGCAGUCGCGUUCGGGUGCGCUGCAGCUGUCGGUGAGUCCGCCGCCACCGCCCAUGACGCCAACAACAGUGCACAAUGGCUCCGGUUCCGGUUCCGUUUCGGGUUCGGGUUCCGGUUCCGCCUCUGGCAUUGUCAAUCUACGCAGCCCCAACAGCUACGCCAGUUUUGAUAACGAGGAUUCGCUUAAGGAGUUCGAUAUGGCGCGCAUACACACCAGUACGCCCCAGUAUCAAUCUAUAACCAAAAACAGCAACAAUAACCAUAAUAAUAAUAGCAACAACAACAACAACAAUUCAUCCACUUACGGCAGCUCCAGCGCUGGCAACAACAGCAACAACAACAACAACAACAACAACAACAGCAACAACAACAGCAACAACACGCCCCAAAAGCAAAAGCAUCCCAAUAAUGUGCCAUAUGAUCCAUUUGUGCAUACCAACAACAAGCCGCCAUAUAGUUUUAGUUCCUUGAUCUUCAUGGCCAUUGAGGACUCGAAUGAGAAGGCGCUGCCCGUUAAGGAGAUUUAUGCUUGGAUCGUGCAGCACUUUCCCUACUUUAAGUCGGCACCGAAUGGCUGGAAGAACAGCGUGCGGCACAAUCUGUCCCUGAACAAGAGUUUUGUCAAAGUGGAGAAGGCUCCGAAUAUGGGCAAGGGCUCGCUGUGGCGCGUCGAGCCGCAACAGCGUCAAAAUCUCAUGCAGGCCCUAAACCGUUCCCCCUACUUCCCCAAUUCGGCCGUUGACAAGAUUAGCCCAAUGCUUAAGAGUCCCAGUGGCAAUAGCGCCGCCAGCGUGGGCAUCGUUGGCUACGAUAGCUUGGAUGGCAACGCGAGUGUUCCGCCGGCGCCCACAACGCCCGCGAAAACCAACGGGGUGCUGGCCAAUGGCAAUGGCGGCAGUCAGCCGGCCACGCCGAAUGGCAGCACUGGGGCUGCUGCUUCCGCUUCUGCUGGCAGUCAUGCCCGCUUCGAUCCCAAGCUAUUUCCCAAUCUGUCCAAGGCGUUUCGCAAUAUUGAGGAGCCUUCGCUGCAGCCGCAAUUCUUGGGUGAUGCUCUGGAUGAGGAGCUGCCUGGCGAUUAUGUGACCAAUAACAACAGCAACAACAACAACAAUAAUAAUAAUAAUAAUAAUAACAACAACAAGUACAACUAUGCCGUUUCGAACGGUACUGGCUCCCAAUCAAGUGUUCCAGUCUGUGCCUACAAUUUCGAGCGGCUGGCACGCGACUGCGGCGCCGAUAGCAUCGACGAUGUCCAUGCAGCAGCAGCGAUGCUUUUCCUUAAACAUGGAUCAAAAGCCUUCAGUGAAACCUUUCAAAAUGGCGCACCGGUGAUAACCAGUUCGCCCAGCGAGGAUCACACCUACUCGGCGGGCGGCAAUAGCAAUGCGGAUAGCGGCGCCUCAACGCCGCUGACCAAUGGCAACGGCCAGGCCGUCCAGCAGACGCAGGCCAGUGUUGGCAAUGGUGCCGACAGCAAUUGCGCCAGUUCCGAUGCGGCCUACGACAGCAGCGAGGAGAAUCAUAAUAUAACGCCCGAGGAGCUGGCCGAUCAGCAGCGACAUCGUGACGGUGUUGAUGCCUUGCUCUCGCUAUCGCGCUCCUCCAUUGUUGAGUGCGGCUCGUCGACGACCACGACGCACUAUCAUAGCAACGGUAGCAGCGGCAGCAGUCACGGCUCACCACAUAAGCGUGCCUCCAGUCGCAGCAUUGAGGAGGAGAAAUGGCAGCAUAUGGAGCUGCAGUAUCAGCAUCAGCAGCCGCAUCAUCAUCAUCAUCAACAUCCUCAUCACCAUCAUCAUCAGCAGCAGCAACAACAGCAACAGCAGCAGCAGCAGCAACAGAACACCGGCGUCUAUACCAAUGGCAGCGGCAGCAAAAUGGCGCUGCUUAGCAGCGCUGCUGCCAAUGUGGCUGCCGCUGGAGCGCUCGUCCAGCAGCAACAGCAGCAGCAAAGGCCGCUCUACGAGGAGCUCUACAGCGCAAAUGUCACCGGAAGCAAUUCGGUGUCCAAUUUGUAUAUGCCGGCCGUUAGCUGUCUACCAGCUGGAGGCGUUGCGACGGCUGGCAACGGGCAGUCCAUGCUGUCGCUCAGCGCUGUGGCGACCAAGAGCAAAGUGAAGCCCUUGCGGGGAUUGCGCACCAAGAUCAAGAGGAAGGCCGCCUGGAUGCGGUGAAUAUGGCGCAAAGCUGGCGGCAGACAGUAGACACUUGUAGGUCGGACUGUUUGUUGAACUGGCACACACACACACACACACACACUAGCACCCACAACCUCAGUCGCCAUCCUGCUCGCACCACUUGUUGUCUCUUUCUAAAGCGAACUCUGUACAAUGCGGCGCAUUUAGUCAAAUGUUUUGGUUUCCCUUCUUUUUCUUUUAUAUAUAUAUAUAUAUAUAUAUAUUUUAUUUUUAUUAAUUCUCUGUGUUUUUGUUAUCGAGCGACAAUUUUCUUUAUUAUAAUAUACUAUUUAAUAUUAUUAUUAUUAUUUUUUUUUAUAACUAUUUUUCAUAGUUUAAUUUUAGCUGUUAACUUUUUAUUGGACUUGAUUUAGUGGCAACCAUACGUGCCUGUUAAUUGUUGGCCAUUAUAUAUAUAAUUUUUUUUUAAUAGUUGCAAUUUUCUUUGUUAGCUUUUAAUUUACAAUUUGUGCAUAUAUAAUUUACAAAACAUUUUAAAACAUUUUUAUCUCACUUAGAAAACAAAAGAAAAACAAAAACAAACAAACAACAACAACAACAAAAAUCAACCAAAAACUAAUAAACACAAAAAUGUCCUAAGGUGCUAGCUGGGCACGAUUUUUUAAAAAAAUAUAAUUGUUUACAUACGAUUUAUGAAGUAAGAAAAAUGUACAAGAAA